AUGGGUGACCCCUCCAAGCUAUCACGGGACGUCAAAGGGCUUGUGGCCGACUUUCGUGGAGAGCUCAAGCUUCGAGACCCCUGGGAUCGUGAGAUUGAUAUCCAGUUCAAACGAAUUCAACGGAAAUACAAGGAUAUCCUUUUUGGCUUUCCGUUUGCACGCCAAGCCCAGGCAGUCGACCAGUCUCUGUGGUCGGAUACAUCCUAUGCCCUUAUAGCCCAAUAUCGUUCUCGAAUCGACCCCAUACGGGCAUCACCCCCGGGUAACAAGAAUGCCGUCGAGAACAGAAAAAUGCUCCAGAAAUUCCUUGCAUUCCUUGGAGCCGAGGGCACCUUUUGGUCUGGAAUCGUUUCCAGACUAGUUCGCAUCCACGGACUGACCGAGGCGAACGGGGCCAUGGUAGCACUUGGGAUGAACAUUGUAGAAUUCGAGAAUCGCGAGUCGCUCGCACGACAAGGUCAAAUCGACAUGGCACCCGCUCUCGAGGACAAUCCCACACCGACUCAUCCUCCUCCUAGCCACGAGCAUCGAUCGAAUAAACUCCUUGUCGUUUUUCGUGCACUCAUAUAUUUGGGGGACAUUGCGCGCUAUCGAGAACAGUAUGGGACGCAUCCGAACAAGGCAAAUUCCGAGCCAAGCACUAAACGUUCGCGAGGUGGGAGGAGGGGCAAAGGCGGAGGAGCUGAAAAGUUAACGAGAAACCCUUCUCGAAGGCCGAGGCUUUCUAUGUUCAGGCCCGGUUGUUGUUACCUGAUUACGCUACGUUAUCUUGAUCUCGCCCUGCUCCCCUCCUCCAGCCCGACCAAGCUGGCUCGCCACACUCAGAAUGUCCUGGCGAGUUUCGCAUCAUUGGUCACUCGUCGGCUACUUCCUGCGGCAACGAUUGUUCAAGUCUUGGUCAUAACCUUGGGAGCACUUUGGAGGGUGCGGAUGUUUAGAAUGGAAGGGGAUCAUAAACCCGAACGAAGGCGGGCAAAGCCCAAGGCGAGCGACCGAGAAGAGAGUCGAGAAGAGGAUAUCCCAUUGGAGACACGAGUAGUUGCACAUUUACUGGCUUUGUAUACCGUGCUCCUGGAAAUUGGGAUAAGGGAGAUUCAGGAUGGGGUCAAGGAGGUUGGGGAAAUGGCGGGUGACGAACAACAACAAGCCGAGAAGCUCGCACAGAGGAUUACAGGCACGUUCCGCAGAACUUUGCCGGCUUUGCGGAUUGCCAACAAGUGGGUCAAGGCGAAUGUUCGAUAUUUGCAGCAGUAUCCUCUGGAUGACUCACAGGAGCCGAAUACGCCCACAUCGCCCACUCUCCCAAACACGAUGCGUCCUAGUCUCACUUCUUUUUGGCACGCUUGGUCACGAUUUGAUGGCCAGCUUAACGAGGCGUUCCCUUUGAAUUUACUUCCCUCGGUAUCAGUCAAUUUAGAGGAAGAUAUUGAUAUGAAGGGAUUCUCACCGCUGAAAUGGGAAUCGAAUGGAGGGCUUGACCCAGUGGGUCGCGGGGGUCAAGGUACAAAUGAGGCAGCAAGCGUGCAUCCGAACGAAGAGCAGCUCAUGAGAAUUGGAGACCUAAUUGUAGACAACAAAUACAUCACUGCUCUCCCGGGAUGUCCCCUAGCAUCAGGCUCCAUUCCGUCUGAGACCCAUAACCAGAGUCAAGGUUACGCCGGCAUCGAACCCCAUGAUCGCUGGGAUGAGGCAAACGAUACCGACUUGGGCAGCGACGAUGGAACUCCCGAAGAUGAUGAUUUCCCCGGCCAGGAAGACGACCGUGCAACAGUAAGUACGAGAACCGAUGAUGAUCCAGUUCGGCUCGCUAUGGACGCAAGGUUGAGCGAUCACGAAGACGAAGGCGAGGAUGAACAAAUAUUAUACCCUCAGGGCUUUCGUCAGAGGCCUGUAAGUGUUUCUAUGUCUCCCCCUCCCCAUUCGGCUUCUCCUCUGUUAGAGACUGGUCCAGCACUAGUUUGGCCUCCUCCGACGCCUUCGUUCCUUUCGGAACCUACGGAGCGUUCUGCUCGUGUUCACAGCCAUACACAGCCUAGACCAGCUGGAACAACUGCCGAAGAUUUACUGAAUCGCGUUUUGAAUGGUACUCCCACCUUUUUAAACAUGGCAACGAGUCCCGUUGGCAAUAAUACAUCAAGCAUAAUCACCUCCAAUACGCCGUUUGUUGGGCGCUCCAUUUCUAUGCAUGGCCCGACCCCUUCGUUCUUGUCGCCUGCCCAAAACCGUUCUCCAGACCCUUUCCCUUUGCAGAAUCCCCUUGGGGCGCCAGGACUCGACCUGCGUCCAGGCCUUCCGCGCUCUCCGCCGCAACCGUCCGCAUUUUCGAACCAGCGAUCGACCACUUUCUCUGCCGUAGGUUCACCCAGUUCUCUCUCUCCCGGGGUCGGGAGAACAAACGACCCUCUGGCCUUUCGUUCGCACGCUCGACUCCCGUCGCUCACCGGAGCGGCCACGAUAUGGACUCCAGCGCCUCAGGAGGUAGCUCGGGCGGGAUCCUGGGGUGGUUCCUCAGGUACAGGCCCUAUGCGCUCAAACUCGAUCGCUGGUGGGAUGGUUGGACCUGGCUUUGCCUCGGAUGGAACAUGGUCGGCACGUAACCAGGGGUUUGGAGAUAUGGAGGUAAAUCGCCUUUCGAGGCAGCAGACCUAUGCGACAGCUAGGGACAUUCCAAAUUGGGAAUAG